UAACACCAUAUAUGAUGAAUUGCUUUAUAUUUAUUAUGGCAUAUAUGAUUAGAGUUAUAUUGAUAACAUAUUCUAUGCUGCAAGAUAAAUAUUUUCGCGUAAAAUACACUGAUAUUGACUAUGAUGUUUAUUUGCAAGCAUCUCAUACAUUGAAAUCACCAAAAUUUGUAGAUUUAUAUAUUAUAAACCCAACUUAUAGAUAUAGUCCAUUGAUUGCAUAUAUAACCUUAAUUGAUAUAUAUUUUGUAAGUGGACUUUGUAAAUUUAUUUAUGCUUCUUCAGAUAUAGUAGCAGCUUUGUUUAUAAAUAAAUUAUCCUCAAUUUUACUCCAUGCUCACUCUAGUACAACUUUAUUAUUUCUUAUUAAAUAUAUUUGGUUAUAUAAUCCUUUGGUCAUUGCAAUAUCAACAAGAGGUAAUUUUGAUUCAUUAAUUUGUUGUUUAUUUGCAUUUUUACUUCAUGAAAUAAAUAAACCAAAUUCUUGGCUUAUUGCAGGCUUUUUAUAUGGCUUGUGUAUUCACCUUAGAAUUUUUCCUAUUUUAUUUAUACCAACAUUUUAUUUCUUUCUGCUUCAGAGAAAUUCAAAAUUUCCUAAAUUUAUUUUUAAUAAUCAGCAUUUUAUAUUUUUUGGAACUGCAUUCUUGACAUUUACCAUUUUAACAUUCUAUUUUUAUAAAAUAUUUCAUCAACCUUAUAUAAAUUCGGCGUUUCUUUAUCAUCUAAUAUAUCGCAAAGAUUUUAAGCAUAAUUUUUCAAUGCAUUUUUAUCCCACAUAUUUAUCACUUAGCACUCCAAUUUUAUCCCAUUUUGAAACACAAUUAGAUUUAAUAAAAUUAUAUCAACUAUUAUCUCUAGAUAAAUUAAGUGUCACUGUCAUAUCCCUAUACAUUCCUUUCAAAAUAUUUAAUGUAUAUGAAAUAUUUAAUGGUAAUCAAUUGUCUAUCAUAGUUUCACAUCAUAUACACAAACUUGCUAGUUGCCUUUUAAUCAUUACACUUACUUUUGUAACAUUUAACAAAGUUAUAACAUCCCAAUAUUUCUUAUGGCCUUUAAUUUUUUUGCCCAUUGUAUUAGCCCCAUCUUUUAAUGAGCUUGAACAAUUCAGCUUAAAAACAUUUGGUAAACUUCCUAUCUUGUUAAUAACACUUUGGCUAAUCACGAAAGUUGGUUGGUUAUUUUUUGCUUACAAUUUAGAAUUUCAAGGUCUUAAUACUUUCAUGUAUAUUUGGAUUAUGAGCUGUCUUUUUUUUUCGACCAAUGUAGCUAUCAUAUGUUAUAUUGUAUAUUAUUGUAAUGUGUGGUGCACAAAUUUGAACGUUAAACACCUAAUAGAUUCAUAAAUUUAUUACAAUCCAAUCCUGAUUUUAUUGUUUAAUUUAUUAUUUUUAAAUAAAAGCAAUAUAAUGCAUAGAGUAGCUUAUAUUUUUUUACAUAUGUACAGUCACCAGUUAUUAAU